AUGACGAGUGGUCUAAUUAGUUGUUUAUCCUGUUGUAAUGAUAGGAAGGGAGGCGAAUUCAACCCCCCACCUCUUUCGAUUUUUUUUAUAACUCUUUUUUGCUCGGAUAUAAGCGUUUUCGUCGAUACUUGUUUAGAAGUGAAGAUGCUCUAUAAAAUAUCUUUCAUUCAUGUCCUGACAAUAACAACAGCUGUGCUCAUUCCUGUGGCAGAUUCGACCGACAUAUUUAUUUCAAAACGUAAUGGAAAUGAUAAAAAGGACUGUGGGCAAGAUCCAGCCUCUCCAUGCAGUUCUGUGGGGUACGUCCUUCGAAACAAUGGGAUGCUGAUACAGUUAACAAUAAAAAUAGAUGGAGGAGAGGAUGUACUAAACCCCUUUACGUAUGAAGUUAAUUCAACUUUUGUUCUACAUCAAAACGUUACCAUAAAAAGCACGGGGAGAAUCCAUCCAACAAUUCUUAUCCCAAAUUGGCAAGAACUUGGUUAUCCAUAUCUGUUUAAAUGUCAGAAUAAGUACACCAUAAGAAUAGAUGGAAUUCGAUUCCAUAAUGCUUCGUUAGCUUUUAUUGAGUUUAGUAUGAAUGUAAAGUUAAAAAACUGCAUUGUUGAAAGUUCCUUUAACUUUUUGGAAGAAGGUUUGGGUAGAAAACAGACAUAUUUCCUAAAUCUUGAGAUCUCCCAUUGCCAGUUUAGUAAUUCAAGUUUAAAACUAUUUUCUACGGCCUUGAAAAUAUUUAAUAGUACUGCCCAAAAUACAACAGAAAUCCGAGUCUAUGGAAGAGCAAAUGUCACUAUAUCAAAUUGUCUUUUCAAAAGUAAAUUCGUGUUGAUGAUAUACUGCAAAGUAAUUUUUAAAAUAGGGCAUGUUGUUACCAUCUUUAAUACAACAUUCAUAAACACAAAGAGCAAGACAGAUUUACUAGUUGUUAGGAAUUAUUUGCAGUUUCGUGUAAUUUAUUGCACCUUUAAAGGAUUUCAAAACACAGCAAUACACCUGAUAGAUGUUAGACAUUUCAACAUAACUCGCUCGGUUUUUAAAAACAAUAAAGGUAUUGACGGGGGUGCUCUGCGAAUAAUAGGAUGUGAAGGAGUUAUUGGAGAAACUGUUUUUGUUAACAACACAGGAACCCGGGGAGGUGCAAUUUUUUAUGAAAGGUGUGUGACAAAAUUGCUGAUAAAGAAUUCGAAGUUUAUUUCAAAUUCGGCAAUCUCGCAAGGCGGAAGCAUUUACAUCGAAAACCCCCUUCCACCAUUAUAUUUAAAGAGUGUUGAACUGCACAACGUUACCUUAUACGGAGGACCAAUCUCUCCAUUAAGCUGUAGUGUUUUAAUAUACUCAACAGCAUUUACAAUAUUUUGGAACGUCACCAUGAGGCUUUCGUCAACGCUACCAAAUUGGCCAAUGACAGAAGGAUUCUCUUGUCAUGUGAAGUGCAUCGAAGCUAUGAGAUUUAAAAAGCAAGAUUUUACCUACCGUUGUCCAGAAAACCACAAUGUCGCACUAUUCUUUGAAGAAUAUGGACGGUAUAAAUUAAUGGCAAAGCCAAAUGUCGAAAUCUCAGCUAAAGCAAUCACAACCCUGCGUUGUGUUAGAUGCAAAAAGUUGACUUACACGAUAAAUGAAGGAAAUCUUCAUAUCUUACGACGUGACUAUCAAAAUAAUACAAUCUCAAAUAAUGGUGUAAUAUGCCAAAAAUGUCCCCCAGGUGGAAAGUGUGACAAUGGGUUAAUUAGUCGUGGUAAUUUCUGGGGCUAUCCAAUGCGAGAUAUUGUUACAUUUACGCCUUGUCCUCCAUCGUACUGUUGCUCACCUGGAAACUCUAAAUGUGUUUCAUACAAUACUUGCAAUAACAAUAGAGAGGGAGUUCUCUGUGGAUCAUGUACAACUGGUUACCGAGUAAAUUUUUUCGAUGACAGCUGUAUAUCAAAGCGACAUUGCUGGAAACGCGCUUUUUGGGUACUUUACAUGUUUUAUGCAAUCAUCUACACAGGAAUACUCCUUUGUUACAAAAAUGUGUUUUUGUAUGUUUUAAAAUACAUCAAAAGUUCUAAGAAAACAAAGGAUAAUCAAGAAUCAUUAAUGGAACCCUUGCUUGACAAUAGUGAAUUUGAUAUGUCUGAUGAGGAGGAAGAGGAUGACAGUACGGUCAUUAUUAGUACAGUGUCAACACAAGAAGGGCUUUACACAACUUCUAACUGGAAUGCAGAAGUUGGCAUGGUACAAAAUAUUUCUGGACUAAAGACCAUUUUGUUUUUCUUCUAUCAAAUCGAAGUUUUACUGCGAAUUAACAACGACGAUCACCAAAAAAAAACUGUUUUGGGAAAUUUAAAAAAAGCAAUUUCAUCUGUGUUUAAUUUACAAAUUAUUUUCGUACCGCUAUCGAAAUUGUGCCCCAGUGAAAAUCUAACAAAGGUCGGCAAAGAAGUCGUUAAAUUAUCAACUAUUCCAACAGCCAUGGUAUUUCUUGUUUUAGCUUUCGUUAUAAGGGAAAUUUACUUAGCAUGGAAAACUCGACAGAGGGAGGACCAAGAAUUAGGGAAUGGCCACAGAAACAUCCAAGUAAAGAUAAAAUCAUGCCUAAUUCAACUUGCAUUGUUGGGCUACACGGGAAUCUCAGCAUUCUGUAUAAAAAUGAUGAAUUGCGUCAAUAUAAACGACACACAUUAUUUGUACAUACAAGGUGACGUUGUUUGUUAUUCAUGGUGGCAAUAUCUUAUCAUGGUGUUCUUUUCCAUCUGGAUUGUGUCAUUUCCAUUAUCAGCUUAUGUUUCUGAAAAAAUGCUGACUAAGCACAAUAUAACGAAUUCGCAAUUUUACUUUUGCUUCUUUUUCCCUCCUUAUGCCAUUUAUCGCUACCUGAGAAUAAAAAGCACUAUUCCUAACUUUAACAGAAAUCAAUCAUUUAACGAGAAGAAAGAGAAGGAUCAAAUUAUUGGUUUGUUUCAAGGACCGUAUCGACCAAAGAAAUCUAACUCUGGUUCAGUGAACUGGGAAAUCAUUGUAUUACUUCGAAGACUCAUUCUCUCACUUAUGUGUGUAUGCAUAUUAAACCCUGUUUUGAAAACGUUUUUCACAUUUCCAAUGCUUCUGUUAUUCUUGUUACAUCACUGGUAUGAACAGCCGUUUUGCAGCAGUGCACUUAACAGGUUGGAAACUGCGUCGCUAUCACUGUUGCUGACUCUCAAUGUAUUUCACUUAAUUUGGGCUAUGGAUUAUAUGUAUGACCUUAUAGAGUUGCCAGGUUUUAAAAUGAUAGAUAUAAUCUGCAUUUGGGUACGAGAUGUAAUACUUGUUACGCCUCCGUUGGUAAUUUUUGUUAUUUUAAUAUCAGCCGCUGUGAAGAAUCUCAUUUUCAAGGUGAAGAAAUGUUUGAGCAAGAAGGAGAACUAAUAGAUGCAAAACAAAUGCAAAAAAUGCAUGUAUAUUUAAAUUUUACCUUGUGGCUAUAAUACUUAAUAAGUUCCGUUAUGGCAAUAAUUCUAUGCGUGGAAAGUAUUUCAAUGAAAAAUAAAAACUAAUACAUGUGAAAAAAUUCAUCACCAAUGUUCAAUAUAUUCUAAACACGCUAUUUUUUUAUAAGAAUAUGCUUGAUAAGAAUGGCUGGCAUUUUAGGUUACAAUAGAAAAAUAAUAAUAAUGACCAACCUGAUUAGAAGUUGGGUAUUCUUAUAAAAAAUAUAUGUAAUUGUACUGUCAAUUUUGUUUUGGUAAAAGUCAGCGAUUAUUUAAAUUUAGGUAUUAUAGUGUUGAGUAUAAACAAUGUAUGGCUGAUUAAUAUUAUUAUUUUAAGAGAUCUCCUUGUCUUUGAGUUUGAUGAUGUUUCGGUGCUGUGUGACUUUUUUAUGACGAAGCCUUAGCUGAUAAAUACUCUUAGAAGAUGAAGCACGUAGAUUUACGGACCAAGAAUGGGCAAAAUCAGCCCCGCACUUACAGUGCAAGCAAAGAGAUACACCAUAGUCGAAAUUCAACAACCAUGUUCAACUCGUUUUUUAGAAUUGUUUAAAAUUGGUUAGGCAUAUGUCUUAAGCAAAUGUACUAAAAUUUGCAAAAUUUUAGCAGCUUUAGCACAAACAAUAUUGAGCACAAGUACCAAAUUAAUUUUGAAAUGCAGUCUGAAAAGUCAUUAUUAGAAUUUUGAUCAUUAUUAGAAUUUUUUUAUUGGGUAAUUUAAUUUCAUUCAUUUUCUUAGAUAAUCGUUUAUAAUUUAUGAAACGACCCUCUUUUCCUGUUUUUAAACCCAAUAACUAUUUAUUUUGGGUGUUUAGGUUAAAAUUUAGCAUUAAGUUUAAACAGUUAUCUGCGUACUCCGAAGGUUUUGGCAGAGUUUUUAAUAAUUUUGUAAUUUUUUUGACUUUUUGCUAUACAACAAUUUGCAACUUUUAACAUUCAUGCAAGCUGAAGUGUGAAAAAAAUACGUCUUAGAAAAACCAAUACCAUGUUUUCUUCAAAUUCUAAAGCACUUUUAGGUAACAAGGUCCAAAGUACUGCUAUGUAUUGUAAUGUAACAUAACAUAUAUUGAAAUAUUUAG